CCCGACGCGGCCCCCGACCCUCCCUGAGGCAGCGGGGGACGAGAGACGGCAACCGGGGCCGGGCGAGGAGGAGGGAAUGGAGCGGAGGAGGCUCUCGCAGGAGGACGAGCUGCUGAGUGAGAGACGGCGGUCGCCGGAGGAGGAUGCUGUGGAGGAUAGGGUGACAAGGGAGCUGGCGGAGGCGGAGGAGAAGCGGAAGAGGGAGAAGGAGGAGGACGAUCUCGAAGAAUUUCAGCUGCAGCUGAUACUGGAGAUGAGCAACCGGGAAAUGGUCGCCAACCAGACAGACCCCUUUGAAGAACCUCGCAGCAAAGAGCAUUCCUCGGUGGAUUGGGCGAUAAUAAGGGAGUCGUGCGAGGCGGAGGAAAGGAAGCGGGAGAGGGAGAAGGAGGAGGAGGAGCUCGAGAAAUACCAGCUGGAGCUGGUGCUGGAGAUGAGCCAGCGGGAAAUGGAACUCGAGGUCGCCAACCAGAUUUGUCAAGAACAGAAAGACCUCUCUGAAGAACCCUGCAGCAAGGAGUCUUAUGAAGAUGGAGAAUCCAGCAGCCAAACUUCAGAGAGCAUCAGCACCUUAUUGUCUUCUUUUGAAAUCAGUGAUCAAGCAAUUGAACUUAAAACCCUGGAGGACAUACUGAUUGAUGCAAAUGCAAAGCCGGCAAGGCUAUCAUAUACAUUUAUAAGAUCCAUCACAGGAAAUUUCUCUCAAGAGAUCGGCCGUGGUGGGUUUGGAGUUGUUUAUCUGGGACAUGUAGGAACUUGGAAGGUGGCUGUGAAAAAGCUUUCCAUAUUGCAGGGCUUCUCUGACAAGCCUUUUGUGGACGAGAUUAACUGUUUAAUGGGGAUAAGGCACAACAAUAUUGUCAGAUUUCUAGGUUAUUGUGCUGAUACACACGGAGAAUUUGUGCCAUUCAACGGAAGCCAUGUGAUGGCAGAGGUACCACAAAGAAUGUUAUGCUUUGAGUAUGUUCCUAACGGGAACCUUCAGAAGUAUCUCAAAGAUAAAUCUCACAAAGAUGAGUGGAAAACACAGUACCAAAUGAUUAGGGGAAUUUGUCACGGUUUAGACUAUCUUCACAACAAACGCAUUACUCAUUUGGAUUUAAAACCCGACAAUAUUAUUUUGGAUGCUUGUUUGGAGCCUAAAAUUACGGACUUCGGGCUAUCAAGAUGCUUUGAUGAAGGCAUAUCAAGAGUUUACACUAAAAUCAUUCGUGGAACACCGGCGAGUAUUGCACCAGAGAUCAUAGAUAGUGGAGAAAUAACUUUCAAGUCGGACGUGUAUGAUUUGGGUAUCAUAAUCAUGAAAAUAUUAACAGGGCGUAAUAACUUUGAUUUUGAAAAUUGGGAUACAUCUAUAGACGUGGAUGACCCACAGGUACAGAGCUGCAUUGGAAUAGCCAAAAAAUGUGUGCCUUUUAACCAACAUGAGAGACCUACAAUUGGUGAGAUCAUGCAAAAGCUCGACGAGAUAGAGAGGAUGGGAUUCGAAAAGCCAACACCAUAGUUAUUCAUUGUAAAAAUGUGAUCAUGUUCACAUAUAGAUAUCUGGUGUAUACUCCAGUUUUUUGGUGCAUCUGUGGGCAUUCCACACUAUCAUAUCUACUCCCUCCGUCACACCAUAUAAGAUCAUUAUAGGGAGUUUAUGUUGGAUUUAAGCCCGACGUGGGCUUCUCCAGUACAUGGGUACGCAGGUGUCCGGAUAGGAUAACUGACCAUUACCUAAUAGGACUUGCAUGUACGUGACCGAGUAGGAGUAGUUUUAGUCACCAAGUCCGUUUGGUGCUAUCUAGUCUAGCUUCUAUAUAUUAUAUAUAGAGUCUG